UCAGUCUUUCCAUGACUCCAACAAGCUGGAAAGAAAAGAACAAGAACCAAAAACAAGAGUGAUCAGACAUUGAGAGACCAAACAAAGUACUACCGUACUGAGAAAUGGAUUCCUGGGUUCGGUUUUUAGCUCUUUUGGUGUGCCUUUUUCCAGCUUUGAUUGAGUGCAGUGUUCGCCACUACAAGUUUGAUGUGGUAAUGAGGAAGACCACCAGACUAUGUUCAACCAAGCCCAUUGUCACCGUCAAUGGUCAGUUCCCAGGACCUACACUCUAUGCCAGGGAAGACGACAAUGUGCUUGUGAAAGUCGUCAACCAUGUCAAGUACAAUGUUACCAUCCACUGGCAUGGUGUUAGGCAAAUCCGAACAGGUUGGUCUGAUGGGCCAGCAUACAUUACCCAAUGCCCAAUCCAGCCAGGACAAAGCUAUGUGUACAACUUCACUAUCACCGGCCAACGGGGCACACUUCUUUGGCAUGCACAUAUUCUUUGGCUAAGGGCGACGGUCCAUGGUGGCUUGGUCAUCUUGCCUAAGCGUGGCGUGCCAUAUCCCUUCCCAAAACCCCACAAAGAAGUUGUCGUUGUAUUAGCUGAAUGGUGGAAGUCAGACACUGAAGCUGUGAUCAAUAAAGCUCUUCAGAGUGGAUCCGCGCCAAACGUCUCAGAUGCUCAUACCAUUAACGGCCAUCCAGGGCCUGUUUCCCAUUGUUCCACACAAGAUGGGUUCACAUUGCCAGUCCAAAGUGGCAAGACUUACUUGCUUCGCAUAAUCAAUGCUGCGCUCAAUGAGGAGCUGUUCUUCAAGAUUGCAGGACACCAGCUUACCAUAGUGGAAGUGGAUGCUAGCUAUGUGAAACCGGUGAAGCUUGACACCAUCCUGAUUGCCCCUGGCCAAACAACUAAUGCCCUUAUAACAGCUGAUAAAAACUCUGGAAAGUACUUGGUAGCUGCCUCUCCAUUCAUGGACUCUCCCAUUGCUGUUGAUAACCUCACCGCAACAGCCACUCUACACUAUUCUGGCACGCUUGCCAAUACUCCAACAACUCUUACCAGUCCACCUCCACAAAAUGCCACUGCAGUUGCAAACAAAUUCAUAAAAUCCCUACGAAGCCUUAAUUCGAAAACAUAUCCUGCGCAAGUCCCAUUGAAAGUUGAUCACAAACUUUACUUCACUGUUGGGCUAGGAAUCAAUCCAUGUCCGACUUGCACAGCUGGGAAUGGAAGCCGAGUGGUGGCCAGUAUAAACAAUGUCACAUUUGUUAUGCCUACCACCGCCUUACUUCAAGCACAUUACUUCAACAUGGGUGGAGUGUUCACCACUGAUUUUCCGGGUAACCCACCACAUGUAUUCAACUAUACAGGAACCCCAUCAAAUUUACAGACGAAUAAUGGUACAAAGGUUUUUAGAUUAUCUUACAACUCUACAGUUGAACUUGUAUUGCAAGACACUGGGAUCAUUGCCCCUGAGAACCAUCCAGUCCAUCUUCACGGGUUUAAUUUCUUUGCCGUUGGUAGGGGACUAGGAAAUUAUAACCCAAAGAAGGAUUCAAAACACUUUAACCUUAUCGAUCCUGUUGAGAGAAACACAAUUGGUGUGCCAUCUGGUGGGUGGGUAGCAAUCAGAUUUCGUGCAGAUAAUCCAGGAGUUUGGUUUAUGCAUUGCCAUUUGGAGGUGCACACAACAUGGGGGCUUAAGAUGGCAUUCUUGGUGGACAAUGGCAAAGGACCUAAUCAAUCACUUCUGCCUCCUCCAAGUGAUCUUCCAAAAUGUUAGUCACCCAAGAUCAUCAUGUUUAUUAUAUAAUGAGUACUACCAUACAGAAAUGAUCUCCGACAUGAGAAACAGAUGUGGGAGACUCGACAGAGUUAACAUGACGAAGAAGAGGAAGAACUAAAGCGAUGAUUUAUGAACAAACGAGAUCUACGAUUCAAUUGUUUUUAGAGUAAACCGAAAAAUUACAUGAGCAUAUUUGAAUAAACUUGUGCGAGAAUUUCAUUUGUUAAA